AUGUGCAUAACUUGUGUAUACAAUUUAUCUCUCUUUAUUUUAGUUUCCGUGGAAGAUAAGUUGAACGACUACAACGCAUCGACUGCAUUCAAUCGACGACUGCACUUCAUGUCCUCGCCAACACCCCCCGACACCCCCCAACCCCCCACGCAAGCCACCUACACGCAACCCUUGAACCCCGUCUCGCAGAACCCCGUGGAACAACUCACCGCGUCGGCCACCACCACGCGCCGUCGCGGCGACCCUCCGCCCGCCAUCCGCCGCACUCCGGACUCGCGGCCCUCGUCGGACGUCCAACUCGCCCGUCUCGAGCAGGAACGUCGUCGACAGCGAGAACGCGAGGCCCGCAGCGGCGCUGCCCUCGACACUGAGUACGGCGUCGAACAGCAGCCGGAUGAGGGGUACAUCGCCGCCGCCGUCGAGGGGAAGAAUCAGUACAAGCGCGCGCAGGCCGGGGCGCAUGCAGGGCCCGUGGGAAGCGCCGACGGUCCCGGGUUUGUCGGCCAGCAGGACGGGAACACGGCGGCGCAGUUGGAUCGCAAGAGGGAGGAGCACGAUCAUAUCUUGGGCCGGAGAGCGGGUAAGAGCCCGGCUUUUGAUGGUGGUGAUUCCGGGGAGGAAAAGAAGGAGAAGGAGAGCUCUGAGGAUGUCCGCGAGCGGCAACAGCUGCGGGAGAGGAAGGACAAGGAGAAAGAGGAGUUGGAUGUUAAGGGGACGGUGAGUAGUGGGACGGGGAAUGUCGUGGUGUGA